AUGAAGCUUAUGCCUACAAAACACCAACGAUGUGCCCAUGACAGGAAGCUGCUUGUCCCCUAUGACAUAAUCGGGUACAUCCGCCAAAAGCUGGAGGCCAGGAACUUAAUGACAUUUCCACACUACAGACCCAUACUAUAUACCUUGCAGCAGAGAAAAAGUCUCUGCUCACCAUGUCAAUUCCACCAACUGGAAUAUAUCUCUCAGUUCAGCACAGACAAUAUAGCUGCCAAUUGUCAGCUUGAGAUGCUGGGAUCACUCGUUGCAUCAAUUUCACAACAGUCACAGCAGCUCAAGAGGUUAGUACGGAGCUGGACUCUUAUCACCAAAACCCAAAAACUGGCCUUUGGCUGGCACAGACACAAAUUAUUAUGUGAUACCUCCAGUCGCAACUUACAACCUUUCCUACCAGAUCCUUUCCCCCAGCAGGCCUUUGACAGUGUCCAUAACCUAUGGCACCCAGGUAUUAAAGCUACUACUCAUCACUAUGUGUGGCUUGGCAUCUGCUCAGAUAGUUGCAGCUGGGACCACUGGUGUGGUGCCUGUAAGCUUAGUAAGGUUGAUCUGCACAUCCAUGGCCCAUUUGGUGAUUUUCCUGUGGCUAUAGGGGGGCUUAUGCAUGCCCAUGUUAACAUUGUCAAUCACUUCCUCACCUCUGAUGUUCAGCAGUAUCUUUUACCUAUCAUUGAAUAUUUCACACUUUGGCCAGGGGCAACACCAAUUUCUUACAUCUCAGCUGAUACUGUGGCACUAGCAUUUGUCAGUAAGUGGACUGAUCACUAUGCUUUGCUAUUCCACAUCCCCAAAGGUUGUGAAAGGAAAUUUGAAUUCCAGCUGUUCAAAAAGCUUUCCAAAUUCUUUGGCACUCAUCAUCACCAUCCAGCCCCAAAAGAUACGGUUCAGUGA